AAUUGGCGCAAAGCACGCCGGGAGUUGUUGUUCCAAAGCCCUCUCUCCUAACUCGUCGUUGCCGACCUCUGACUUUCCCCGCUUCUCUCAGUUCCACAACACGGAAGCAGCAUGGCGUCUGACAUGAGCAGCAGCAAGGGUGAACGGCCGCAAACUGCACAGUACAGGCUGCGGAUCAUCGCAGGCCAUCUGCAAAGCCCCGGUCGGGUCUCGGCAAACGAGUGCAAGGGAGAGGCGUCGUCGACGUCGUCAACUGCUGCAGCGAACGCGGGCCAGAGCGGGACUAUCCCGAGGAGAAGACAGGAUUUACUGAAGUGGAAUGGCUGGGGAUACAGUGAUUCAAAAUUCAUAUUUAAUAAAAAAGGUCAAGCUGAGUUUACAGGGAAAAGGUAUCGAUUGAGCGGGAUGGUUUUGCCAGCGUUGAGAGAAUGGUUUGAAAAAACCUUUGGAGCAAGUCUUGAACAUAAAACGCCACCCCGGUCUGCUCUGAACACCAGUGAUAUACCUGCCCCAAUUUUAAACGAAGACUUCCUCGAUGACCUCAAAGCAACAAAAAUACCAUUUUCUCAUGAAAUUGAAGAUAGAAUCUUCAGAGCUCAUGGCCAUUGCUUACAUGAAAUAUUUGCUCUCAGAGAAGGGAAGUUUGAACGUGUUCCAGAUUUGGUUGUCUGGCCAAAUAGCCACAGUGAAGUGGAGAAAAUUGUGAAUCUCGCUUGCAAACAUAAUGUCUGUGUUAUACCUUUUGGGGGAGGAACUAGUGUUUCUAGUGCUUUAGAGUGCCCACCUGAUGAAAAGCGGAGCAUUGUCUCUUUAGACACUUCUCAAAUGAAUCGAAUAUUAUGGAUUGAUGAGAAAAACCUCACUGCACAUGUUGAAGCUGGAAUUAUUGGUCAAGACCUUGAAAGACUUCUUAAUGUGAGUGGAUAUUGCACUGGCCAUGAACCAGACUCAAUGGAAUUCAGCACACUUGGUGGCUGGGUAGCUACAAGAGCAUCUGGUAUGAAGAAGAACAUUUAUGGUAACAUUGAGGAUCUGGUUGUUCAUAUACGAAUGGUGACGCCCAGAGGUGUAAUAGAGAAGAGCUGUCAAGGCCCUCGUAUGUCAACAGGCCCAGAUGUGCAUCAUUUUAUCAUGGGAUCAGAAGGAACCCUUGGGGUAGUUACAGAGGUGACAAUAAAGAUCCGACCUGUCCCUGAAUAUCAGAAAUAUGGUUCAGUUGUCUUUCCAAAUUUUGAACAGGGGGUGGCCUGUUUAAGAGAAGUUGCCAAGCAGAGAUGUGCACCUGCAUCCAUUCGACUUAUGGACAAUGCUCAGUUUCAGUUUGGCCAUGCUUUGAAGCCCCAAGUAGCUUCAAUCUUUACCUCAUUUUUGGAUGGAUUAAAAAAAUUUUACAUUACCAAGUUUAAAGGUUUUGACCCUAACCAGUUAUGUGUAGCUACAUUACUUUUUGAAGGAGACAGAGAGAAGGUUCUGCAACAUGAAAAGCAAGUUUAUGACAUUGCUGCUAAAUUUGGGGGCCUUGCAGCUGGCGAAGACAAUGGGCAAAGGGGUUAUAUGUUAACAUUUGUCAUCGCAUACCUCCGGGAUCUGGGAAUGGAUUUCUAUGUUAUAGGAGAAUCAUUUGAAACUUCUGUGCCUUGGGACAGGGUUCUGGAUCUCUGUCGCAAUGUGAAAGAGCGGAUAGUAAGGGAAUGUAAAGAAAGAGGAGUUCAGUUUCCCCCUUUAUCAACAUGCAGGGUGACACAGACAUAUGAUGCCGGGGCCUGUGUCUACUUCUACUUUGCCUUCAACUACCGAGGAAUUGCUGAUCCAAUCCAUGUUUAUGAACAAAUUGAGAAUGCAGCACGUGAAGAAAUUCUUGCUAAUGGAGGAAGCCUUUCUCAUCAUCAUGGAGUCGGCAAGUUGCGGAAACGCUGGCUACAAGAGGCAAUAUCAGACGUCGGCAUUGGCAUGCUGAAGUCAGUCAAGCAAUAUGUGGACCCUAACAAUAUUUUUGGAAACAGAAACCUCCUAUAGAGUAGAGAUUUUAUGUAAUUCUUUUCUCCCCUUCAUGCAUCCAAAGCCCAUAUUAGUAUAAAUACCAUUACAAGCAGAGAUAUCUUCCCUGUCAUAAAAUAAAAGGGUUUGUUAUAAGGGUACCAUCCUCUAGAAGGACUAGUUUAAAAAAACAGACCUACUUUAUAUCAAUAUUUGUGAGAAAACCUGUAUUUUCAAUCUUGUUUCUGUUUCUCUCUGUAGCAUUUGUGAAUGUCAGUAAUUGCGCCAAUGCUGUGCUCUUUCUUAGCUACUUCUGAAUGAGACAAACCACCUUAUUAAUCAUCCCUGUAUUGAAAAAAUGAAAGAUUUUUACAAAAACUGUUUUUUUACCUGGGUUUCAGUUUCAAGCACUUGAAAUUAAUGCGUGACUUUUUUUUUUGCUAAGAACAUAUUUUAUCCCUGUUUUUCUUUAUUUACACUUCUUUGUGCCUCAUCAUUUGUUAAAAUAUUCUUUCCCUAAUCCUAAUUUUAUUUAAAAUCUCUCUGCUGAUAUCUCUUAAGGGUGCCAGUGCCUUCAGACUAUAAGCCCUUUGCCAUAUUGAUAAUUCAAGCUCUGGCGUAAUACUACAGAAAUUUUAUUGGUGUAUCUUUGUUCUUAACUAGUACUGUGGAUGUACUGAUGCAGCUGGGAUAACUCAAAGCCUUAAGUUACUCAAAACAAAGUGUUUUGACAAUUAAAGUUUAAUUUAUUGUGCUCUGUGCCAUUUAGAUUAAACAUCUAACAUUCUUAUAGAGGAAGAGAAAACCAAAUACAACAAUAUUGAAAAUUACUUAUGUGACAUAAGACAAGGGUCCUAAUGUAAUCUUUUAAUGGAAAAACAUCUGUUUAUAAAGCAAAACAAGAUUAAACCACAUAUUACCUCUUUUGAAAUUAAUUCAUUUUACUCAUUAACAGAAAUAACCAUGCUACUAUUAACAUGCAAAAAUAACUGUUCACUUUUGUUAGUUUGUUUUUUAUUUGCCCUCCUUUGAUUCCUAUUCCAGUCAGGCAAUUGUCAUUCAGAAUGUUUCUCCCUAGAGAAAAUGGGGAGUCUUGCAAUGUAGAUUAAUUGAAAAUCUUGAUACAUUUAAAAUAUGAUCAGCUUUUGGAGAACAGCCCUACAAAUUCAAGCCUGAAAAACACAUUGUUGGGCACAUACAAAUAUUUGGAUUUCUCUCUUUAAUUAAAUAUUACAUUAAAAAACAUGUUUGCAAAUGACUGUGUUCUGUUACAAGAAACUUGAUGCACAUGUUGACCAAAAAAAA